UCCUUCUUUCUCCUCCCACUCUCUUCCUCCCUCCACACCUCUCCCAUCUUCCACCAUUCCCUGCUUCAUAUUUCUAUCCUCACUCACUUGAACUCUGCUAGGUGUGCUGUUAAGUCCGGUGGAGCUUUUGCUUUUCACUCUCAAGAUGUCUUGGGCUCGAGCGCUUGUCCUGUCUGCUCUCACCACCUUCUUUGUCAUCACCUUUUUCAGCCUAGUGGAAGGUGCAGCAGUGCGGGAUGACUCAAAAGCAUCUGAUGCUAAAGGUGCUGUGCGCCAGGUGUUCAUGCCUGAGUCAGACGCCUCCAACUUCUUCAAACGCCGCAGUCGACGCGCAGUCCGAUACUACGAGUUCCAAGCCGAACAGAGGGUGAAAAUGGCAGCCAACGAGCGAAGGAGGGAGUACAACGAGGAACAAAGGAACGAGUACGAGAACUAUGUUGAGGAGGAUCGUGAUGAGGUUAACGAGAGAUCGAGGGAGAUGAAUGAGCAGCUGCGUGAGUUUCACUACGACGGCCUCUAUCCUCGCUACCACUGGUCCCACUAAGCAUGCUCCAUCAGAGCUGGGCAACAGCAGCUCUCACUGCCAUGAUCUUUACCCUGCAUUGAAGGUGGCAGCCUGUCAGGGAGCAAGUUGUUUCAGUCCCACUUUAAUCUACAAUCUACACCUUUUUCUGUUAAGCUUAUUUUUGUAUACAACCUAAAGAGUGCAAUAUGUUUCUUCAUGUUAAGCUGUAAAGACCAGUUUCUGUAUGAAGUAGAAAAUUUGCAUGCUUUUUUUUUUUAAACUAUCUUUUAUAUGUGCAUUGAAGCUAUAUAAUGUAAACCAACAUUUUUAUACACGACUGGUUGUAGCUUAAAUUUUCCAAAGAAAUGGCCUUCAUGUCUCUAAGUCACAGUGACAAAUAAAGAUGAGUUUCCAGUGA